AUGCCUGGCCGAUCCGCCCGUUCAACUUCCACCGCCACGCGCAAACCCUCCGCGCAGCCCUCGCGCGCUGGAUCUGUGACGCCUUCGUUCGCUAUACCCGAGGAGCCCGCGCUGCCCGAGGCUCUUCCCAAUCUGCGCCGCGAUGUUUGCUCCAUCUUCGCCGAUGCCCAGCGCUCUACGACCGGUCAUCGGAAACUCGCCGUGCGACUAAGAAAGCUCCAAGAAGCCUGCUGCGGCAUACCCCAGCAGACGUCCAAGAAGGAUGGCAAGAAGGCUCAACCAGAGCUGUUGCUUCCAUCCGAAGAGACUCUGCCAGAGAAGGAAUUCAACGUGGAAGUCAGCCGCUGUGCCCUCCGCAUUCUCCCUAUCAAGAAAUCAGAGCCUGUCGGCGACCGCCUCCUGCGCUUUCUCGGCGCGUUCCUGACGCAGGCUUCCGAGAAGGAUGCGGAGCUUUUUGCCAUGGACGAAGAAGAAGACGAUAUGGAAAACUCCCCCGGGACACCAACUGCUCGCUUGACGACCAGUCUGAUCAAUUUGGUCAUUCCCCUGCUGGCCACGAAAGACAAAACGGUCCGCUUCCGCGCCACUCAGAUCAUUGCCCACAUUGUCAACUCUUUGGAAACGAUAGACGACGACCAAUAUCGUGCGAUCCGCGGAGGCCUCUUGAAGCGCAUCAGAGACAAAGAGCCUGCCGUGAGAGUGCAGGCUGUGAUGGGAUUAGGCCGCCUCGCGGGCAACGAGGACGACGACAACGAUGAAAGCAAGGCUCUUCUCGAGCGACUCAUUGACAUCAUGCAGAACGAUACGAGUGCCGAUGUGCGAAAGACGCUGCUUAUCAACCUGCCUCUCGUGCCCGGAACCCUGAAAUACCUCCUUGAACGAGCCCGUGAUCUUGACGCAGGCACUCGACGGGCCCUGUAUUCACGCCUUCUCCCCAGCCUCGGUGACUUCCGACAUCUCUCGCUGUCUAUGAGGGAGAAAUUGCUUCGGUGGGGUCUCCGUGAUCGAGACGAGAGCGUGAGAAAGGCCACUGGCAAGCUGUUCUUCGACCGCUGGGUCGAAGACUGCGCUGGCACCAACAACGACCCCGAAGCCGGUCCGGUUGGUCAACGCUCUCCACCCAACACAUCCGCGCUUCUAGAGCUUCUAGAGAGAAUCGAUGUGGUCAACUCCGGUGUGGAGUCUGGAAUUGCACAUGAGGCCAUGCGCAGCUUCUGGGAAGGCCGUCCUGACUACCGCGAGGCUGUCGUCUUCGACGAGCCUUUCUGGGAGUCUCUCACAGCAGAAUCCGCUUUCCUGAUCCGCUCUUUCAGCGACUUCUGCCGUGUUGAGCAUGAAGGCAAGUAUGAUAAGCUUGCGGACGAGAAGAUACCCGAGGUCACGGCUCUUGCGUUCUACCUACACAAGUACAUGACCGACCUCUUGCAGCGGAAGAAGGUUUCCAAGGACACCGGCGAUGCCAAUGAUGAUGAGACUGUGGAGCAGGAAUUUGUGGUUGAACAACUGCUGCAUAUCUCCAUGACGCUGGACUACAGUGACGAAGUCGGACGACGCAAGAUGUUCUCCCUACUCCGCGAGUCGCUGGCCGUUCCUGAACUUCCCCAGGAAUGCACCAGGCUCGCGGUCGAGACCCUGCGGUGUGUUUGCGGCCCCAACGCCGCAGCGGAGUCCGAGUUCUGCAGUGUUGUCCUGGAAGCCAUUGCUGAGGUCCACGACACCAUUGUUACUGAAGACAGUUUUGUGUCUGCCAGGUCCGAAAUCAGCGACGCUAGCUCCACUCGUCACCGAUCUGAAACCCCCCAAACCGAGGACGAAAAGCCUUUCAACAAAGAGGAGGCCAAAGCGAAGGUCCUGAAGGAGAUUGUGAUCAAUAUGAAGUGUCUGUACAUUGCCCAGUGCAUGCUGCAGAAUGUAGAGGGCAACCUGCAGGCCAACAUAAACUUGGUGACCAUGCUGAAUAACCUCGUCGUGCCUGCCGUUCGCAGUCACGAAGCUCCCAUCCGUGAGAGAGGUCUUGAGUGCUUGGGACUUUGCUGUCUGUUAGACAAGAAUUUGGCCGAGGAAAACAUGACCCUUUUCAUCCACUGCUACAGCAAGGGCCACGAGGCCCUGCAGGUGACUGCCAUCCAUAUCUUGUGUGAUAUGCUGACAACGCAUCCCACCUUGCUCGUACCUGUGGUUCAGGCGGACGGCGAGAUGGUGGCCCCACCAGUGUUCCAGAAGCCAUUGCUGAAGGUCUUUGCACGAUCGCUCAAGUCCAGCUCGCCCAACAGUGUUCAGACAGCUGCUGCUACAGCCCUCUCGAAAUUGUUGCUUACGAACACAUUCACGCCCUCGGGACCGAAUAUUCCCCAGGCUAUCCAGGAAUACAACCAGACUGCCAUCGAGACACUCCUGCAGUCACUCGUGCUCUCCUUUUUCCACCCUCGUACUCGGGACAAUCCCGCACUGCGACAGUCUUUGGCCUACUUCUUCCCUGUGUAUUGUCAUUCAAGAGUGGAGAACACACAACACAUGCGCAAGGUUGCGGUUCCACUGGUUCGGGCAACCCUGAACGCGGCGGAAGAAUACUACUCACUCGAAGCCGAGGAAGACAGCGACGGCGACAUCGACGAGACUGUCGGCCAGAGAGAACUGAAGGCGUUGAUGGCCGGCGUUGUGGGUAUGCUGGGUGAGUGGACUGACGAGCGGCGGGUCGUUGGGCUAGGCGGAGAACGGGUUCUGGCGGGUGGACCGGCCAGCUCCAAUGCUUGUGGGUUCGUCCACCUGGCCCUGGUCAAGGACAUCUUAGAGCGUGUUCUAGGGAUCAGUACCGGCACCAACCGCUGCUCCAAGGAAGAGAAGAAACUCCUCUUCUCGCUCCUGAGCAAGCUCUACAUCGCCCCACCCACGGUGCCCUCACGGUCAGGAUCUCGUAACCCCGAAGGCGACGAUCCAUUCCGGUCCAGCGUCCGUAGUGCCCAGGGUGAAAUUACGCUGGAGAAUACGGAACUAGCCAAGGAGGUUAAAGAACUGCUGGAUGAGACGAUCGAGGAAGGUCUCGCCGCCGAGGCCGCUGGGCGAAAUGCCCUGGUCAAGGUCAAGAACGCGGUUCUCAAGCUCUUGGCAGCCGCUCACGGCGGACGCCCAGCCAGCGCGCGGACUCGGGAGGGCAUGGAAGAAGGCGAUAGCGAUGUGACGAGUGUACGGUCGAUGAGCGUUCGGUCAGGCAGUGUGCGGCCGUCCAUUGAACCCGGGCUCAUGCGCCGGGGCUUCUCCUUAGAGCCGAGUAUUAUCGAGGAGGAGGAUGAAAAUGAGGACAGCCGGACAACGAUAGUCAAGUCUGAGGCUCACGAUGAGGAGUAAUGUGGACAUGGAUUCGGUUGGCGUUCGAGGAUGGCUUGGUUUGGUGCGUAAUGGUUGGCUAGCACUGGGACGGUCGUGUAUUUAGGUGUUUGGGUACAAGUGUACAUGAUGUUUUAAUGGUCACUUCUCGAUGACUCUUCAUGGGGUGCAUUGGAUACUGCGGAGGUGCGCCG